UAUAUACAUGUAUGUGUGUGUGUGUGUGUGUGUGUGUAUAUAUAUAUAUAUAUAUAUAUAUACAUACAGUGGCAAGAAAAAGUAUGUGAACCACUUGCAGAAUCUAUGAAAAUGUGCAAAAUUUUAACAAAAUAAGGGAGAUCAUACAAAAUGCAUGUUAUUUUUUACUUAGUACUGUCCUGAGUAAGAUAUUUUACAUAAAAGAUGUUUACAUAUAAUCCAUAAGACAAAAAAAUAGCUGAAUUUAUUAAAAUGACCCCAUUUAAAAGUUUGUGAACCAUUGAUUCUUAAUACUGUGUGUCAUUACCUUGAUGAUCUACGACUAUUUUUUUGUUGUGUGACGGUUGUUCAUGAGUCCCUUGUUUGUCCUGAGCAGUUAAACUGAGCUCUGUUCUUCAGAAAAAAUCUCCAGGUCCCAAAAAUUCUUCAGUUUUCCACCAUCUUUUGCAUAUUUGAACCCUUUACAGCAGUGACUGAAUGAUUUUGAGGUCCAUCUUUUCACACUGAGGACAACUGAGGGACUCAAACACAACUAUUAAAAAAGGUUCAAACAUUCACUGAUGCUCCAGAAGGAAACACGAUGCAUUAAGAGUCAGGGGGUGAAAACUUUUGAACAGGAUAAAGAUGUCCAAAUUUUUCUUAUUUGGCUUGAAUAUCAUUUUUUUUCAUUUAGUACUGCCCUUCGGAAGCAACAGAAAAUACUUGCAUGUUUCCUGGAAGACAAAUUAAAUACAAUUUACCUUGAUCUUCAAAUUCCAAAUGUUUUCACCCCCCAUCUAUUAAUGCAUCAUGUUUUUUUCUGGAGCAUCAGUGAAUGUUUGAACCUUUUUUGAAUAGUGGUUCACAUACUUUUUCUUGCCACUGUGUAUGUGUGUGUGUGUAUAUAUUAUAAUAUACAUAGUAUUUAUACACAGAACAAACACACAUACAUUACGUAAACACAGACUCUUAUUUUGGACACAAUAAUCACGAUUAUUGUUGAACAGCCCUAAUUGCAGAGGUCAAGAAGAUAGAAGACAUUUUAAGCUGGAAAACAUUAGAAACCAGAAAGCCAGCAGAGGCAACCUCAUCAGAAUCAGCAGCCUUAGAGCCAACAAGGAAGAGUAGACUUUCAAGCAUUUCUGAUGAAAUCCUGGAAGAAAACACUGAUGACGAACCUGAUCUAGAGUCAACCACCACAAGGGAGCACUUGUGCAUACCUACAUCAGUGAGCCAAUUAUUUAGCAUUCAGACAAUCUUCAACACAUUAUUAUUGAUGAAAAGAGGAGCAAGCUGACAACUAAGAAGGCUAAAAUGCUAAUUUUUCUAAAGAAGAAGCUGCCCCUCAUGUUAAGUGAACAAACUUAAUUCACAUAAGGACUGUAAAAGAGAUGAGCCAGUGGUUGUGACUAGGGCUGGAACGACGCAUCGAUGAAAUCAAUUACGUAAAUUAGUCGAUUUGCGUUUAAUGUGUUGAUUUGUUUUAUGUUCCCCAAUGAUGGUGGCUCCCGGGUAUGCUGAAAAUCAGCUGUUAUUACAAAAAUAUCGAGCUCGAUCUAAAGUGUGGAAAUUUUUUAAAUGGAGACCAAAUAAAAUGGUGCUCGGAAAACAGUCUGUAAAACCGAAAUGGUAAAACACAGCAGCACAACUGAUGUGCAGGAGCAUCUGAAAAGAAAGAAAGUGGGCUCUCUUACCUCAAAAUGACAAAAGAAUUUGGACUAUUAAAGUGAAAUUUUACACAGCACUAGAAUGCAGUUACCAGUCUCAUAUUUUGUGGUUAUCAUGGCUGCGCUUAUACAGCAUUCAGUUUUUUUUACGAGCUGUCAUGGGUGCGUGGCUGUAAGAUGCGAGGCUCAAACGUACUCUCUGCAACUGGUUACAAAGUAUUUAACACUGUUGUUGGUUAUUUAAAACAUCUAAUGGAUGAACGCACACCUCAAAUGGACUAAUUUAUUUAAUUAUGCACUGUCAAUCGUGGUAAAACUUCAUGGUUUUAUGGACACUGUCAUAUCUGACAGUGUUGCUGUAGUUACUUCUAUGAUUAGAAUGCUGUUGUCACUCCAGCUGUUUGAUCAUAUAGAUGAACGAACAUGUUCAAGCAGCUACGUUAAUCUCCUGACUCAAAAAAACAUUUCAGGAUUCACAUUUAUAAGCAGUUAAUGCUGUAAAUUCCAAAAAGUGACUUUGAACGAAGACAAUACCUUUCCUAAUUAGGCCUACAUUGCAUAAACCUUUUUAUAAUAAAUAAUAUCAUUAGGUAAAAGUUCAUACAUAGAUUAGUUAGUUUUUUUGUUUUUUUAGUUAAAAUUAAUUUUAUUCAUUGUUAAAUUAACCAAACUAAAAAAAAAAAAAAAAAAAAAAUCAAUAGAUUAACCAGGAGGGAAAAAAUAAUUAAGAUUAAUAGAUUGAAAAAAUAAUCGUUUGUUCCAGCCCUAGUUGUGACAGUUUUAAUGCUAACAGUUUUUUGGAAGCUACUGCUAUGUCUUAUGGUAUGGAAAAACUUGAACCAAAUAUUGGUUUACAUUGCAGACAUUUUUAUACUGGAAUUGUAUUUUUUUUCUAGGGCUGCCCCCUAAUAGUCUACUAAACGUUAGUUGAAGGGAAGAGGCUUAGUUGACCAAAAAAGUAUUAGUCAGUUAGUUGUGGAAAAAAAGACGAGUUUAUUAAUAAAUAAUUAAAAUGUCUCCCUGCUAUUUUUUCCGACACAUUCAUAAUCAUUACUUCUGCCUGUGUUUUGUGGCAACCUUUAUAUGUGCGGUUGAGCGCGGAAUAGGCUAUAUAUUAUGCCUAUGUUAAAGGCUCAUUAUGGUUAGUAUCCACCCCCAAGCAUAUAAUUAAAUUAAUAUAUACGUCAAAUUUGUUGACUAAUGGCUUAAAUGAACGACAACUAGUUGACUAGAAAAAACUCUAGUCAUGGGCAGCCCUCAUUUUUUCAAUAGUAUACAGAGGUUUUACAUACAUUUUAACCCCAGAGGUUACAUGUGAAAGAAACCUUAGAGCUGUACUAUACAUUUUUUUUGUGUGUGUGUAGAAACCUACAUUUGUGAGUGACUUAAGGUGUCAUGUCUACAGUACUGUGUGUCACUGUACAUUUUAGGAGAUGCUAUUAAGUUUAAGUUAUAAUUAUUUAGUUAAUUUAUGGUCUAUGUUGCAACUUAUGUUUGCUAUGUCAUAUAGGUUACAUUAAGUGUUGAGCUAUAUCCAGUAUUUUACACUGGAAUUAUUAUUAUUCCUUUGUCAUUCUAAAUACUCAGAUUUAAAUUUUUGCAUUGAGUUUCACUUUAAAAUUCAUUUUCAAUGUUUGAAUGGUUCUGACCAAUCUAAAAUGCUGCUAAAAGUUCUGUUUGAGGAAAAAGUCAAAAUAAAAAGUAGCAGUAUUGCAAAACUGAUUCAUGUUGUGGUCUAUGUAUGUUUUCCUUUAGGAAAGUAGAAUAUUUUUCACAAUGUAAGCAUAACGUUUAGAUGGUUAGGUUAAGCAAAGGGCAUCCAAACAAAUGCAUUAUUAACAGCUUCGUUUUUUAAAAAGGGAGAAAAGAUGGUAUCGGAUUAGUAUUGAUGUGGACAAAUACUCAAGGUUGCAGUACUGUUAUCAGUUUUGGACAUAAAAAAAAAUUGAAUAAAGCCAUCCCUACUAAUUAGGCCAUUUAAGGGCAUUAAAGUCAUUGUGAAAUUGAAAAUGAAAUCUCUGACCGACCCCGUUCCCAUUGCACUGACUACUAAACUAAGGAACUGAUUGAGACACACCCAGUGAUUUAGUUGGGAUUUAUUUUUCUUUCUGAUAAUUAUUCUCAUCUUAAACAGGACAGAGUGUCCAAAACUCCUGAACACGUGAAGCAGCUGAGAUCCAUGUGACAUACUGUUAAAAAGAUGGCAUUUAUUAAAGAGGAGAAUGAAGACAUGAAGAUUGAAGUAUUCAGCCUGAAACAAGAAGAUACUGAGGAACAAACAGACCUGAGGCCAUUGAAAGAGGAGAGUGAAGUACUGAAUGAAAUGAAAAAUCAUGAUUUCAUAACUGGAGAAAUAUCUUUUAGUGGCUCACAGACUGAAAAGUCUCAAAAAAGAGCUCAAAAGACAGAAGUUAGAAGUUUUUUCACCUGCUUUCAGUGUGGAAAAAGUUUCAGUCAACACGAAAACCUUAAAGUCCACAUGAGACUUCACAAUGGAGAAAAGCCUUUCACCUGCCAACAGUGUGGAAAAAGUUUCACUGAAAAAGGAAACCUUAACGUUCACAUGAGAAUUCACACUGGUGAGAAGCCUUUCACCUGCCAACAUUGUGGAAAGAGUUUUACUCAAAAUGGAGCCCUUAAAAGCCACAUGAAAACUCAUACCGGAGAGAAGCCUUUCACCUGCAAACUGUGUGGAAAGAGUUUCACAACAGAUGUAAACUUUAGGUAUCACAUGAACAUUCACACUGGAGAGAAGCCGUUCACAUGUAAUCAAUGUGGAAAGAGUUUUGCACGUAAAAUAAGCCUUAAUAACCACAUGAGAGUUCACUCAAGAGAGAACUGUUUUACAUGUCAUCGGUGUGGUAUGAGUUUCCCUAACAUAAAACGUCUUAAUAGGCACGUAAUAAUUCACUCUGGUGAGAAGCCUUUCAAAUGCCAGCUGUGUGAAAGGAGCUUCCGAUUCAAUAAAUACCUAAAGACUCACAUGAGAAUGCACACCGGAGACAAGCCUUUCACCUGUAACCACUGUGGAAAGAGUUUCAGUCAUAAAGUAAGCCUCAAGACUCACAUGAGAAUUCACACAGGAGAAAAGCCUUACACAUGUGAUCAGUGUGGAAUGAAUUUUACAUAUAAAGAAUCAUUUGAUUCCCACAUGAGAGUUCACACUGGAGAGAGCCCUUACACCUGCAAACUAUGUGGGAAGAGCUUCUCACAAAAAGGAAAUCUCAAGUAUCACAUUAGAAUUCACACUGGGGAGAAGCCUUUCACAUGUGAUCAGUGUGGAAAGAGUUUCAGACAUAAAGUGACCCUUAAUAACCACAUAAGGACUCAUUCAAAAGAGAACCUUUUUAUAUGUCAUCAGUGUGGACAGAAUUUCACAGACAGGAAACAACUUAAGGAUCAUGUAAUAACUCAUAUUGGAGAGAAGCCUUUCAUGUGCCAUCACUGUGGAAAGAGUUUCACACUUAAAGGAAACCUCAAGACUCACAUGAGAGUUCACACUAGAGAGAAGCCUUACACAUGCCAUCACUGUAGAAAGAGUUUCAGAUUUAAAGGAAAUCUUGACACUCACAUGAGACUUCACACUGGGGAGAAGCCUUUUACAUGUCUUCAGUGUGGAAGGAGUUUCACAUAUCAAAGAGACCUGAAACAUCAUUUGCAAAGGCAUUCUGGAAAGAAAUUGCAGUGUUCUGAGUGUGACAAGAGGUUUAGAAAAAGGAUCAAUUUUAAAAACCACCUGCUCAUUCAUUCCGGAGGAAGGCGAUUUAAUUGUGAUCGAUGCAAUAAAAAAUUUCUUUUGCCAUCACACUUAGAGAUACACCUGAAAAGUCAUGCAUAUGUGAGACGCUAUUUGUGUUCUUUGUGUGGAAAGAGUUUUAAAUGGCUCAGCAGUUUAAAAUGGCACCAGAAAAUACGUAUCUGUGUAAAAUUAAGGCUACGUUCACACCGCAGCUGAAUGUGGGCCAAAUCUGAUUUUCCUCUCAAACAUAUUUGGUAAGGCUGUUCACAUGACAUUUUAAAUUUGGCCCAUAUCAGAUACUCAUCUGAUCAGGUGAUGCUCCUGCAAAACUUGAGUGUCUUUUUUGUGUCCUUUAGUUCUUUAUACUUUGCCUCAUAUAUGGACCCUUUUCACAGACUGUGAUGAUCACUAUACAUUUAUAUCACUAUACUUUAUAUUUUACUACAUUUGCAUCCAAAUACAAAAAACAGUUAACGCUGCCACGAGGGUGUUUCUAAUAUAGUAGCAAUGGGAGUGAUGGUAAAAUUGACAUUUCUCUCUUCUGACUGCAGUUAUCAAUCUCUAUUUUUUUCUUCUUUUUGAAAGUUGUGAAAACACUAUUGUGGAGUUUUUCUUUUGCUAUUUGAGCAAAUGGGAACACAAAAAAUAUAUUCAAUGUAGUCUCUCAUUCAUGCUAUAUGACGACUUCCGCUUCUUAGAAACCCGGAAAUGUGAAACGAUUUGAUUAAUACGGUGGAAUCAAAAUAUUAGAUAAAUAAACUUUUGUCUUACUGUGAAAUGACACAAUGUAAAGCUUAUAAAUAAAAGGAUAUAAACUGAAUG